AUGCCCGCCCAGCCCCUCACGCUAUUGAUCUCGUGCCUGACCUUGACACAGAGUGGGUGUGUGUUUCCUGGCCACCACUGGGGAGAAUGGAACGAUUCCCAACUCCAGCCAACGAUCCAGAAGCUGAUGAAAGGAUACAACCGCUACCUCAGACCCAACUUCAAUCACGGUCCUGUGGAGAUUGGAAUGAGUCUUGAUAUUGCCAGCAUAGACGCCAUCUCAGAAAUCAACAUGGACUACACUGCUACUAUCUUCCUGCGCCAGCGGUGGUGUGAUUCGAGGCUGGUGUUCCCGGGGAACGAGAGCGUCAGUGUGGAUGGACGCCUGGUGUCUCUCCUCUGGAUCCCUGACACCUUCAUACCGGACUCCAAACGCUCCUUCCUUCACGAUGUCACUGUGGAAAACCGCCUCAUACGCAUCUUCAGCAAUGGGACUGUUCUCUACGCCCUGCGCAUCACGGCUACCAUUGCCUGCAACAUGGAUUUAACCAAGUACCCCAUGGACAGACAGGUGUGCACCCUGCAGCUGGAGAGCUGGGGCUAUAAUCUGCAGGAUGUGGUGUUCUACUGGACCCGAGGGAAUGAUUCAGUGAAGGGCCUGGACACGCUGCGAUUGGCCCAGUACAGCGUUGAGAGCUACUACACAUCAGUGUCAGAGGCUGUGUACGAGACAGGACAAUACCCCAAGCUGGUGCUGCAUUUUGCAUUGCGUCGAAAUGUGCUGUUCUUCAUCUUGGAGACAUACGUGCCCUCGACCCUGCUGGUGGUUCUCUCUUGGGUCUCCUUCUGGAUCAGCCAGUCCUCUGUGCCGGCGAGGACCUGUAUCGGAGUGACCACAGUCCUGACGAUGACCACGUUGAUGAUGGGCGCCCGCACUUCCCUGCCCAAUGCCAACUGCUUCAUCAAGGCCAUAGAUGUUUACCUGGGCAUCUGUUUCACGUUCAUCUUUGGUGCGCUGCUGGAGUACGCCUGUGCCCACUUCUGCACCAUGCAGCACCAAACCAUCGAGGACUUACACAGGGAUCUCCUCCGAGAGUUUAACGAAUCAAACAGAAAUGGCUCCAUCCCUGUCGUCACCUCCAGCCAGCCAAACCAGUCUGUGGAGGUCGGCUCCACCUCAGAGGAGCCGGCAGAGCAGCCAGAAAAGGGUGACAAGGACAGUGACGCCGGGUCAAAAGAGAGCAGGUCCGGGAAGAGGUGUGGCUUAUCAUCGCUGAAGGACGCGUCCCGCAGGGCAGCGUCCCUAUUCAGCGUGGAGAAUCCACACAAUAUCGACCGCCAUUCUCGCACUGUGUUCCCGAUUGCCUUCCUCUUCGUGAAUAUCCUCUACUGGCUUUACUAUCUCUUCCUCUGA